AUUACAGCCAAGGAUCAAUGGCAGUCUCAGUUUACGAAAACAUGACAUUGAACGAGGCUGGCGGCGACGAACCACAAUCUCUUUGGACUCCAGUUAUUCCCUACUGACUACUAAAUCGGGCCACGAUUGACGCAGCUCGGCCGUGAAAUUAGGGGAAUAGGGCGGGAGAUGCACGGUAGCGCGCAAAUCCAUGAUUCGAGAACCUGUACCACCUCCGCAAUGGAUCUUAUAGGAGAAGUUAUAUAUCUAGGCUGUAAGGCGGCCCUUCAACUGCCUCCAACAAGUCAUUCUUUGAAUCGUUCUUCAGUCUCUCUUUUUACAACACACUCGUUUCUUCGGUAUAGCCUUGACGGCAUCCACUCUUUUAACCAAAACUAACACAGCAGCAUUGGCCUGCGUCGAACAAUCACAAGAAGCAAUUUCCUGGACAUCUCAUUGACAAUUCAUUCACCAUCAACCAACAUGAAGGCCGCAGCUAUCCUCGCUUUGUCCUUCGCGGGCGCAACCUAUGCCCACGUUGCCGCUUGGGCUCCCGGCAUGUACUGCAAGGGUGGAACCGUUGCAGGUGAAGAGAACAGGAACACCAACGAUGCCGUGAACCCACUCUAUAUGUUGAAGAAGGAGGACUGGUGGUUUCAAAACUCCCGUGGCUGCAACGAUGUCCCUCCUCCAGCCGGAGAGAAGCUUCAGAUCCCUGCCAACGGCGAGUUCACCGUUGAGCUUGCUCACAACCGUGCUUUCACCACCCUCAGCUACGAUGGAGAGUUCGCUACCGCCUGGCCCGAUGGCAAGGAGCACCCCGAGGACUGGAACGGUUGGAACAACGGAGGCGAGCCUGCCAUUUGCUUGCCUGAUGAUGGUGCUCUUCAUGCUUGGAACGAGACCCACGCUGCCGGAACCGCUUUCGCCAUCAGUUACGCCGAGAAGUACGAGGAGGUGACCAUGGACAACUUGGUCGUCUUCUCCACUCUCUACCACACUCCCUGGAAGAGGGAGGCGACCUACAAGGUCCCCAACCUCAAGAAGUGCCCGGCUGGAGGAUGCACCUGCGCCUGGCUUUGGAUCCCCACCGGAUGCGGACAGGGCAACAUGUACAUGGAGCGAUUCGACUGUGAAGUCAUCAACGCCAAAGACGAUGCCCUUGACCUCGCCAAGGCCCAGGCUCCCGUCUACUGCGAGGACGACCAGUCCAAGUGUGUGAAGGGUGCUAAGCAAAUGCUCGCCUGGCACCAGGAGACCGGAGACAACAUCGUUGCCCCCAACGGCCUCACUCCCAACUACAACGCCAAGUGCGGUUUCGCCAACGGUGCUCAGACCGACAUCUUCGUCGAGGGAACUGCCAAACCCACCGAGACCUAUCCCGUCACUCCUGUUGUGGUUGCCUCAUCCACCAGCAGCUACGUCGAGCCUACCGCUGUCCUCUCCGUCCCCACUGGAGGCGAGCCUGCUUCCGCUCUCCCCACCACUGCCUACGGAGAGUUCCCCACUGAGGGCAUCUCCACCGCCUCUCUCGAGACUCCAUCAUCCCUCGCCUCCGCUGCUCCCACGACCGCAUACGGAGAGUUCCCUACCGCCUCAACCAGCGUCGUCCUUUCAACCCCAUCCUCCCUGGCCUCCGCCGCCCCUACCACCGCUUAUGGAGAGUUCCCCACUGAGGUCGUCUCCACCGCCUCUCUCGAGACCCCAUCUUCCCUCGCCUCCGCUGCUCCCACUACCGCGUACGGCGAAUUCCCCACGGAGGGCAUUUCCACUGCGUCUCUCGAGACUCCCUCAUCUCUUGCCUCCGCCGCUCCCACGACCGCAUACGGCGAGUUCCCUACCGCCUCCACCAGCGUCGUCCUCUCGACCCCCUCCUCCCUCGCCUCCGCGGCCCCAACCACCGCAUACGGCGAGUUCCCAACAGGCGGCAUGACCACCAUCGUGGUCCCCAGCUCCUCCUCCUCUGCGCCGUCCCCCGUCCUCCCCACCGAGGCCUCCUCCAGCACCUCCUCCCCCGCAUACCCCACCACCACCGUGGACCCCAUCGCGCCUACGCCCAUCGCCCCAGAGGCAUCCGAGGCACCUUCCGCCACGCCUUCCCCAGUGAAGCCGGCUCCCCCCUCCUGCGUCGUGCGCCGCCAGACCAGGGCCGAGAAGAUGGCAUCCGCCGGCCGCGUCUUGUAGACAUCUUCUCUCUCUCCCCGACCCCUUCUCUCUAUCUUUUCUUUUCCUUCUCCACGACUUCAGCAGUCGUUGUGUCAUGAAAUUCACGUCCAUUACACCGGGAGCGGGAGGGAGCCAUCCAAAGGAAAUUUCUAUCUCUUUGUUGUCGUAUCGUAAAACGAAUGAAGCACGUUCUCCAUUCGCCUUUUCACUUCUUACCCAUCCCACACUUUUACCGACUUAGCGUCGUGUAGAGACAGAUGGGCUUGGCUUGUUCUUUUUUUCACAUAAUUUUUUCUUUUCAAAGCUUGUGUAAAAUUUAAAAUAACAAAUGACGAUUUUGAGUUAAUCGGAAAUAUACC